AUGGCCGGGGCGCCGGGACUCGCGGAGGGAGCGGCACUUUCGACAGCAGUGUCGGGGAAGAGAGUGGUGACCCCCGGAGGCAGGGAUUUCCCCGCGGCGGCGGCAGGGGAAACGGCCGAGCAGCAGAUACGUGUAUCUGGAGCGUCAGCAUCGGCCGAAGCACCGGCGGCGAGAGGAGGGCCCACCGGCAGUCAUAUGCUCCCCGCGACGCCGGCCGUCGGGACGGCCGGGGUGCAGGCACUCGCGGCUAGAGUGGUACCAUCGGUAGCAGCACCGGCGGCGAGAAUGAUGACCCGCGGCGGCAGGGUUUUUCCCGCGGUGGCGGCGGCGGGGGAGACGGCCGGGCAGCAGGCACUCGUGGCGGGAGCCGCAGCGUCGGCAGCAGCACCGGUGGCGAGAGGGGGGACCACCGGCAGUCACGUGUUGCCCGCGACGCCGGCCGUCGGGACGGCCGGGGUGCAGGCACUCGCGGCUCGAGCUCACCGGUGGCGAGAGGAGGGACCACCGGCAGUCAUGUGUUCCCCGCGACACCGGCCGUCCGGACGGUCGGGGUACAAGCACUCGCAGCUAGGGCGGUACCAUCGCAACACCGGCGGCGAGAGUGGUGACCCCCGGCGGCAGGGUUUUCCCCCGGCGGCGGCGGGGGAGACGGCCGGGCAGCAGGCUCUCGUGGCGGGAGCGGUAACAUCGGCAGCAACACCGGCGGCGAGAGGGGGACAACCGGCAGUCAUGUGUUCCCCGCGGCGGCGGCCGGCCGGGACACACGCACUCACGAACGGGGCAGCGGCACCACCGUUGAUGGGAGCGGCGACGACAGGAGAGGUUACCGUGACGGUGGCGACGGAGGGUGGACUGGGCUACCGCACGCCAUGA